AUGGCUUCUGGCCUUCUCAGACCUCUGGCGGUAUUUUGCAGCCAGUCACAGUCUCAGCGCUACAUCAAAACCAUCAGGAACCUGGGCGAUGCGUGGCGUAGCCUUGCCGAAGAGCCUCUUUCUGAGUGCGAUAAAAACUCCGCUUUGGUUGAGACCAACUUUGACUUUGUUCUGAAAAUCACAAAUGCACUGGAAGAGCAACGCCAGUCGAACCCGACGCUUGUCGAGAUGUCGGUCCGCGAGCCUCCCAUGUCUACCACAACAUCUCCAUCCACCAGUCAACCCACGACAGAACGCCCACGGCGUUAUCGGAUCUUCGCUGAUUACGGCGCGGAUUUUAUCUGGCGAGAUCCGGGUGACAUUCGCCCUGAAGAGGGCGAUGCUGUGUUAGAGCCAGAAGAAGUACUCUCUUCAUUCCCUCCGUCGGCUUUGGAAUUAUACAACGUUUGGGUCGACACAUACGCCAAAAACUUCAAAGAAAGACGUGACAAAACUGGAAACUUUCAUGCCACUACCUUUCCCACCGCUCUCGAGGAGGUAGCUUGGAAUGUGGCCGGGUUUUUGUUGGCAUGGCGCAUUGUAAUGGCGCCCAAAGUUGGGAGGAUUGAGUACACUGCCGGUUGUUCCCAUUAUCUUCUUGAGAAAGGGAAGGAGACGAGUGUCACUUUGGCUUUUUUGCAGGACCAAGUUGAUAUUCUAGCCAAUGGACCGGUGUCGUAG